AAAAUUAAUUGGCAUUGAGCAUAGUGUUAAUCAUCACAUUCAGGGAUAGCAAAGUUGUAAAAGAGGUUGAAGGUCGAGCUUUGUGUUUAUUUGUGCGGGAUAUACAACCUUAUCGGUAUCACUCUUGUAUUUCCCCCUUACUUUAAUGAUCACUUGAUACUCCAUUCGGACAUUUUUGUUUUUCGCUUCAGUUGUGACACAUGUAUCGCUCACUCCACUGGAUCUCCUUCUGAUGCUCACAUUUUGUAUUUUUCCAUUGGUUGCCGGUAUAGCACUUUCGCUGAAAGGAUUCCUCGUGUUCUGUGAAGCUUAAACAGCUAACAAGUGCGCAAUCAUGAGAAUCGCCGUAAUCGGCGCUGGAGCCGCGGGGCUCGCUGCACUCCACAAUUGUAUUUCCGGUACUUACGGCGAUCAAGUGGUGUGUUACGAAAAAACAGAUCAAAUCGGUGGAACCUGGGUCUACCGGGAGGAAACUGGUUCCGAUAGAUACGGUUUGCCGAUUCACACUAGCAUGUACAAAAGCCUCAGAACUAAUUUACCAAAGGAAGUAAUGGGUUAUCCGGAUUUUCCGAUACCGGAAAAACCUGAGAGCUACCUGUCGCGCAUGGAGAUACUGCAUUUCCUGAAUGAGUAUUGUGAUCAUUUUGCGCUACGUCCUUACAUUCGGCUGCUGCACCAUGUAGAGCUGGUGGAGCCGGCUGCAGGAGACCGGAAGUGGUCGGUCAAGGUCAAGGACUUGCAGAAAGACACGGUCGCGACCGAGCCGUUUGACGCAGUCAUGGUGUGCAACGGCCAUUACUUCGAACCUAGGAUCCCGAAUAUAUCUGGCCAGAAUGUCUUCGCAGGCAAACAGAUACACAGCCACGAUUACAGAGUUCCCGAGUUUUUCGACGGCAAGAACGUCGUCGUCUUGGGAGCUGGACCUUCCGGUAUGGAUUUGGCGUUGGAAAUAUCCAAGAAUGCGAAUCGCGUGAUUCUGAGUCAUCACCUGACCGAGACCAUCGCCACCGUGUUCCCCGAGAAUGUCGUGCAGAAAGCUGACGUAGUAGAAUUGACGGAACGCGAAGCAGUUUUUGCGGAUGGGACGAGGGAGCAGGUCGAUGUCGUCUUCUAUUGUACAGGCUACAAGUACAGCUUUCCCUUUCUCGCCAAAUCUUGUGGGGUUCGAGUGGAUGAUAACAUGGUCACGCCUCUUUGGAAACAUCUGGUGUCCAUAGAGAACCCUACUCUGGCAUUAAUUGGUCUUCCGUUUUACGUUUGCGCCUUUAGUAUGUUCGAUUUGCAGGCGCGAUUCGUCCUACGACACUGGCACGGCGAGAGGCAGUUUCCCGCGCGAGCGGAUAUGCUGCGCUCCGAGGCGGAGGAGGCGGCGAAACGCGUCGAGAGAGGUUUGAAGAAGAGGCACUUUCACAUGAUGGGCCCGGAGCAAGGUCACUAUUACGACGACCUGGCGAACGUCGCGGGGGUCACGGCGCUGCCAUCCGUGCUGACGAAGCUCCACAACGAGAGCAGCAUGCGCUUCCUGGACGACCUGGUGCACUAUCGGCAGGACCGCUACAGGAUCAUCGACGAUUACAAUUUCGUUCAGCUUAACGCUGCAGCGGCAGACACGGAUUAAAUAUUAUUCAUUAAAGGUUAAAUAACUUUUUUUUCUCAGUAUAAAUGUUUUGUAUUUUAUUCAAUAUUUAAUCCUAGCUUCCCACACUUGAGUACAACGUACCUUUUGCGACUUUUUACAUUGCUGCAACUUUUUUAUAAUAUAAUUUGAAGACUAGAAUUGACGUUAAAAAAUCUUCAACUAUCCAAAGUACUCAUUUUUUGUGAAUUUUUGCAACACAAUUUUUCUUUUAUUUUAAUUACUUAAGAAUAAAAUAUUUUUGAUUCAGGUCUCGUUUAUCAUCUUUAUCAGAUUUUGAGGUAUCGAUUUUAUAUAUUGUAAGCUAAAAAAUAUGCUUUCUGUUCAGAGAUAUAACAUUUCAAAUUUACACAAGGUUCCACAAAUCCAUAGGUGGGAAAGAAGGUAAUCAAAAAUAAGUGUAGUGAGCUAAGAUUAAGAUCAUAAAAGAAAUGUUAAAACCUAUUGUUGUUCAAUUGUUAAUCAAUUCUUGUUCUUUUUCGUGAAAUAAAUGCAAAUGUUUUUAAACAUACAAAUAAUUAUCUUUUAAUAUUAAUUAAAGUUACUUGUAUAAACAUAAUUGUCUAGCUAUAAUUUUGUUAUGAUUAAUUAAAACUUUUUUAAUUCUCUAAAUUUUGUACUAAUGAAAAUACCAACGUUAGUCUCGCUAAAUAUGUAUAAAGAGGAAACAUUUUAUACAUAUUUAGUUAUACACGUUUUAUACAUAUUUACUUUUAUAUAUCAACUGCACUUUUAUUGUUACUAUCUUAUUACACUGUUCAAUAAAAAAUAAGUUUUCUUUCGAGCAUAAGAACGAGGAUAAUCGUUUCCUGUAGUUUUCUGAGCAUACAUCUCCCUUCGCCAAGAUACUCUAAUAACGUCAAUUUUAGAAAACUUGUAAUUGAAGUCCCGAAAAAGUUCUUUGUAAUGCCUAAUAUUUUGACAUGUUGCAAUUGUUGUUUUUAACUAAUAAAGAUUUAAAAAUAAAAGUA